AUUGACGCCAUGUUGUUUUGUGGUUGAAUUUCCUCCUUUUCUUUUACGUUUGCCUCUUGUAAAUUGUGAUACACACACAAAUUUUAUCUAGAUUAUUUUGUUUCAUUGUUAACUUCAGUCUAUAAUAUAGAAUUCAUAUGAUAAAUAAUAAAUAUGGCUGAUGUGGAAGAUUGUCAGCAAAAGCCUCAGAAAACUGGGAAGCAGCAUAACGUAUUACCAAUAUGGGGUAACGAGCAAACUAUGAAUCUGAACCCUUUAAUUUUAGCGAAUAUCCAAGGUUCUAGCUACUUCAAAGUGCACCUGUUCAAGUUGAAGACAUACCACGAGGUGGUGGAUGAGAUCUACUACCAGGUGAAGCACCUGGAGCCGUGGGAGCGCGGCAGCCGCAAGACCGCCGGGCAGACGGGCAUGUGUGGCGGCGUCCGAGGAGUGGGAGCGGGUGGCAUAGUGUCCACAGCCUUCUGUCUCCUGUACAAGCUGUACACGCUGCGGCUGACGCGCAAGCAGGUGAACGGCCUCCUCACUCACACCGACUCACCCUUCAUCCGAGCCCUCGGAUUCAUGUACAUAAGAUACACACAGCCACCAGCUGACCUGUUUGACUGGUAUGUGGACUACCUGAAUGAUGAAGAGGAGAUAGAGCCGCGGGCUGGUGGUGGUAAUGCUACCACUAUUGGCACACUGGUGCGGCAGAUGCUCACCAAGCUUGACUGGUUCAGCACACUGUUUCCCCGGAUACCAGUGCCCAUACAGAAACAGAUUGAACAAAGACUAGCAGAGUUCAACCGUCAGAACGCGCCUCCGGCGCAGGCGGCUCCGAGUUACCAGCGCAACAACGCCGGCGGCAACGCGCCUCCGCCGCGCGACGACCGCCGCGAGCAUGACGACCGUGACCGCAGGGAUUAUGGAGAUCAGGACAGAUACUCGAAGGAUCGACCACGAAGAGACGAGCGCGAUAGAGACCGUGAUCGUGAUCGAGACAGGGAACGCCGAGACCGCGACCGCAAGGAUCGUGACCGGCACCGAGACCGCUCGCCGGACCGCGCGCGCGACCGCUCCUCCGACCGCGGCCGCCACCGCCACCGCUCGCGCUCCAGAGACCGCCGCCACAGAUAAUACCGCGCCUCAAGCGCCUCCAUCCGCUCUCCAUGCAA